AAUACUUGAUGUUGUCAUUUGCUCACUGGCUGGCGUGAUGUGGCUGGAUAACAAAACCGCAGCAUGUUUAUGUGCACGUUUGAAUCUUUUGUGGUGUUCACACUUUUUGUGGUGUGUACAUCUGUACGUGCAUGGUGCAUCACGUGGACUAAUAAACGAAUAAUACAGGUUGCGUGAGGACAAGAUCUCUAGCUGUCCCAUCGGCCUCACCCUCACACACACAUUAUAACCCUGAGAUGAUAUCGAUCACGUUGGUGCACACACAUCAGACAGCGAAUCAUCCCAAUCCACAAGCAAGCAAAGCAAGAUGGUGACCGUGGUGUCGUCGCGCACGGUGAGGCCGCCGCUGCGGCCGCGCCGCCGCAUCCCGCUCACCACCUGGGACGUCCCCAUGCUCUCCGCCAACUACAUCCAGAAGGGCCACCUCUUCCACAAGCCCACGGGCACGCUCCUCCCCACCGCCGCCCACGUCGUCGACCACCUCGCCGCCGCCCUCGCCGACGCGCUCGUCCACUACUACCCCGUCGCCGGCCGCUUCGUCACCGACCAGCACUACGGCGACGGUGAACAGGGCGACGUUGUCGUGGGAUGCUCCGUCUCCAUCGACUGCGACGGGCAGGGCGUCCAGGUUGUCCACGCCGUCGCCGAUGACGGCGUCACCAUGGCGGACGUGGUUCCUCCCGACGUGGACGUGCCGCCCGUGCUUCAGUCAUUCUUCCUGCUCGAUGGCGCUAUCAACUACGACGGCCGCAACCACCCGCUCCUCGCCGUGCAGGUCACCGACCUCGCCGACGGCGUCUUCGUUGGCUUCUCCUACAACCACGCGCUCUCCGACGGCACCGCCUUCUGGGGCUUCAUCAACGCCUGGGCCGAGAUCGCGCGCGCCAGGCUCCUCGGUUCCCCGCGGGAGCAGCCCUUACGCCGGCCCUUGCUCGACCGCUGGUCACCCGAUGGAGGCGCCGCGGCGCCGGUCGUGCUGCCGUGCACGGAACUGUCCGACCUCAUCGAGCGCACCCCACAGACGCUGCUGCGCGAGCGGAUGCUCCACUUCUCGUCGGAGUCGCUGGCGGCGCUCAAGGAGCGGGCACGCCAGGAGCUCUUGGCCACCGGCGACGCGCAGGGUGCCGCCGCCCUGACCAGGUUUCAGGCGCUGACCUCGCUCCUAUGGCGUUGCAUCACCCGCGCACGGCGGCUGUCGCCGGAAAAGGAGACCACGUGCCGCGUGGCCAUCAACAACCGCGGGCGGCUCCGGCCACAGCUGCCGGCGGAGUACUUCGGCAACGCCAUCAGCACCAUCAGCACGGAGGCGGUGCGCGCACCGGAGCUGCUGGAGCGCGGGCACGGGUGGGCAGCGGCGGCCGUCGGGCGCGCGGUGGCGGCGCACACAGACGCGGUCAUCAGGGAGCGGGUGGCGGCCUUGACGGCGAAACCGCCGGAGAGAGACCCGCCGGCGUACAUGAUGAGCUGGCACGAUCCAUGCGGGACGCUGAUGGGGAGCUCGCCGCGGUUCGAUAUGUUCGGGUGUGACUUCGGGUUGGGGAAGCCGGUGGCGGCGCGGAGCGGCAAGGCGAACAAGGUCGACGGGGGCACGUCGUUGUACCCAUGUCCUGAUGGGGGAGGCAGCAUGGACGCGGAGCUCACGCUCACGCCGGAGCACAUGGCCGUGCUCGAGGAGGACGAGGAGUUCUGGGCCGCCGUCUCGCCGGACGCGCCGGCACAGGUGGGGAAUGUUUGAACGGGGGUGGGGGUGGAGAUGACAACGCUCUGUUCCGCGGCGAUGGCGGGGCCAUGCUCGCCUUGCUGUGCCGUGGUGACCACGGCCCGCCUUGCCGUGGCCACAGUAGUCUAUAGUACUCACUCUGUACUGAUGAUCUCUUCCGAAGGUUUUGCUUCUUUCUUUUCCUUUUCGCUCUCGCUAAAAUGCCAACGAAUUGGUUCGUCACA